UGUCUGGCCUAAGGCUUUCUUCAAGCUUUUCGUCAAAUUACAAUUACAACAAUCGCACAAUAUCACAAAAUCAAAUUGCACAAGAAAUCAACCAAUUUCACUAACCCUAGAACGAAUUCCACAGGUGGGUAUUACCAUUUUCCUUCUGGAAUUUCAAAUGGAGUAGAGGGCUUUUAAGUUGCAGCUAGCCAAGAGCUUUAAUUUGUUGUUCAGGUUGACAGCAUAAUUUCCCAACUGGGUUUUUUUUAACAAGAAGAAUACCCUUCUUCUCCACGAUUCAGGUCCGGUAACUCACACACAUUUCCGGUGUACCGAGCACUGGCAGAAGGUUACUAAGAGAUCGGGGAUUUCAUGGUGGUUGGUAUGGGCGAAGUCGGCAAAGAAUUUUUCCGGCACCAGGGUUACAAGUCAGGCUUCAGCACAGGAGAAAUUUUGCGUAAAUACAGCCGAUAUGCUUUAAAUGAAAAGUCGUUCAACCCACAACUGGUUACAGCAUUGUUUCAACUCAAGAAAGCAACAAUGUUGGAUGAUUCUCAAGUUACUGAAAUUCUGAAUGAUAUUUCAAGGCGGAUCGUUAAAGAUUAUGGUCCGGUCGUCAUGGAUACGUCGGGAUAUUCUGAAAUAGGCUUAAGGAGAAAGCUUGCUGUCCAAGCUCUAUUUGGAAAGAUCUAUUAUCUUUCAGAGGUAAGAUUAAUAAAAGUUAUCUUUUCCUACAUCUGUAUUUUUUAAGUGUUAUUACAUUUUAUUGUUUGAAGAAGUUCAACAUUCUCCUAUGUCCAUACAUGUCAUACAUCAUUUUUUCUAAUCGUACAUACAUCAUUUUUGUUAAACUUAAUUACAUUUUUAAUGUGAAUCAUCAAAGAAUUAAGAUGAUAAACAUAUUAUCUUCUUUCAAACUCCAUUUGCAUUAGUUAAUUCUAUUAAAAUAGGACGGGAAGUCGAAAAUGGAUAGAUAUUCAUAUGAAACAUACUUACAUAAGUAUGUCUUUUAUAUCUAUUUUUUAUUCUAAUCUAUACUUAAGUAGAUCACUUGAUUGUAUUCACUUUACACUUCAGUAGGGCUGCAAGUU